UUGCUGGGGAUACCCUACUUUCCUUGUUCCCCAUGAAAGGAAUCCAAAUUAAAAUAUCUUAAGAGCCAAAAAAAGAAACAAAAGUAGAAUAAGGAGGUCUUUCAAGACAAAGGAAGACUUUUUCUCCAUAAUCCCAGCUAAUCUUAACUCAUAUAUCAUACAGCAUUAGGUUUCUUGCAUCCAUCUCCUUUAUUAAGAUUCUCACGUUCGACUCAAUCUUUUUCUGUAUUCAUGAAUUUCUAUAUUUUUACAAACUCCUUAUAUAAGGGUGUCUCCUGUUUUUCCAUGAAUAUUAUCAGCCAUCUCUAACCUGAAAGCAAUAACUAGAUUGUUAAAGAGAUGGCUAAAAACAUUGGCAUUCUUGUUUGCCUUCUUCUUGUGAUUUUGGAUGUUGCAGCUGGUAUACUUGGAAUUCAAGCUGAGGUAGAGCAAAAUAAGUCCCAGGAAGAGUUAGAUAAGGCCUCUUCUAACAAGAAACUUGCUUUUGCUUCAUUUGUAUUCCAAUGGAUAAUCAUGGGCAUUGCAUUUGCAUUGCUGGUAGCUGGAACAAUGUCAAACGGGAAGGCGAGAAAAUCUUGUGGGAUAUCACACCAUCGUUUCUUGUCGAUAGGAGGGAUAUUGUGCUUUAUCCAUGGACUUUUCUCAGUUUCCUACUACAUCUCUGCUACUGCAACUAUCCAGGAAGAUAAGAAGCUUAAUCAUCAACAAGGAAGCCAUGCAUGAGUUAAACAAAUUACUUUCUUCCAAUAUGCAGCCUUCACUAACGAGAAUUAGAUUAAUCUAGUGCUCCAUACUAGAGAAAUGAAAGCAGAAUAUCUAUGGAAAAUUCUUCAUAACCGGAUACCAUAUAUUCCUUUUUAAAAUUCCUAUUAUUUCAUGUAACAUUUUCUUGAAUUUUAUGUUGUUUGUAACUUUUACUUGGCUCUAAUGUAAUUUUUACUGGACUGCUGAAAUGGUUCCUACAUUAUUCCUUGCGAAUUUGUUAAAAGUUGAUUGGUUGCUGGAUUCCACCCGACAUAUAUACUUGUUAAAACAGUUAAUGGAUCAUGAAAUUGAUACAACGUACUUGAUCCAUCGUUUUCAUUAUCCAGUGUUGUUCAUAAUAUGUCCUCGGCAAACUGCAAAUGUCAGCUUCCCAGAAGCAGAGAAGAUAUUAAUGUUGAAGUUUGGCAAAAUGCCAAAGUCCCACAUUGGUUGGGAGUUAAGUUU